AUGGCGCAGCCCAAGCGCGAGGUGCAGCUCCACUCGCAUGACUUCGAGUGGGAGGAGCUGGCGGAGCAAUGCCGGACGCUGGAGGACGACAGCGCCAAGAACAAGUGGGACGUCUUCCACCAGCGCAACAACGGCAAAGUGUACAAGCCGCGCAACUACCUGGUCAAGGAGUUCCCGGAGCUUUACGCGCCGGAGCGGGAGGUGGUGGUGGAGGUUCUGGAGCUCGGGUGUGGCUACGGCAGCGCCAUCUUCCCCAUUCUGGCCGAGUGCCCGAACGUGCACGCCCAAGUGUGCGACUUCAGCGCACACGCCAUCGAUAUCUUGAAGAAGAAUCCGGAGUACGACGCCACGCGGUGCCGAGCUUUCGUGUGCGACAUCGCCCAGGAGGAGCUGCAAGGGGUGCAGCUCGAGUCCGUCGACAUUGUGCUCAUGGUGUUCGUGUUGUCGGCGGUGCCGCCGGGAUCGUUCGCCCGUGCUCUGCAGAAGAUCUACGCGGCACUGAAGCCCGGUGGAAUAGUCUGCUUCCGAGACUACGGACUGUACGACCUCGCGAUGCGGCGCAACGCAAAGAAGCUGGGGCCGAAUCUGUACUACCGCAGCGACGGCACGCUAGCGUACUUCUUCUCCAAAGAGAAUCUGGAGGAGCAGUUCGAGGAAGGUGGCUUUCAAACGCUGGAGAACGAGUACUGCACUGUGCGUCUGCGGAAUCGCAAGAAAGGAGUCACUAUGGACCGCGUCUGGCUGCACGCCAAGUUUCAAAAGCCCCAAGUGGAGAAUUCAGCUGAAUGA